AUGAGUCCGAAAAAGGAAAUUAGGACUAUUUCUUCCAGAAAGCCUAGAAGGCCAAGGAAUUCCCAGUCAACAAAUCGACUCCCAAAACUAACAAAGAAUGAAUUGAGCAGUAUGAUGUGUAUCCAAGUAACAAAAGAAGGUCUUCGACUCAAAGAACCAGAGAUUACCUUCCCUUUCCCAAUGUGGCUGGAUCGAAAAAAACAGGAAAAAGUAUCUGAACAGCCGACAGAGGAUCCGAUAUCCCCGUCGAAGGUUAGUGAGAAUAACUGUUAG